GAUGAUGAAAAUCUUUAAUAAAUGGUUACGAUAAUCAGGUAAAUCACAACCAGGUGGUGUACACUCAGGUACAUGGCUAAGUUUUACAAUCAGUGUCUUUCAUGGACUGAUAUAAUGUGUUGGUUUGGCCACUUCAAGCUCUUCUCCAACCUACUCCUACACCAGGCAUCAUCUCGCGUCAGUUUAGUCGGUGGAUAGACAUACGUAAUACAUGUGUUAACUGUAUCAGCCGAUAAAGAUUCACCACCUUGUCAAAUGAUUUGCUAUAAUUAUCUAUCACUUUGUAUCUAACCUCAAAAUUACUAACUCAAUGGUUCCAAAAUAUGGGAACAAUCGUUCAACGAUGCCUAUAAUCAGUUGAGGUCGUUCUAAUUCAGUGUUGUGUAUUGUAAAUAUCCAAUAAAUAUUUGAUUGGGAUAAGUAUUUGUAGUCGUCAAACUAUAUAUUUCAUUUUGAGUCCUACUGUAGCAGAUGUUUUACCAAUUCUAUUUUUGCGUUUAGUAAUCUUCCUCCGAUUAUGCCAACUGAUAAUACACCUCUUUAUAAACAACCCAAAGCUGUGAUUGGUGUAGGGCGAGUUCGUUCUUGGCAAUGGACACCAUUUACAAAUUCCGCUAGACAAGUUAGUCUUUUGUAUUUACAUACUAUAUUGCGUAAUGUUUGAGUGAGAAUGCUGUCUUUUUAUUCCUAACUAGUAAACACUUCGGGUUUUUUAUAUAGUUUAUCAGUUACUCAAUAGGUUGUAAAUAGAAUGUUGAUAGGGACUGUUUUGUUUUUUUCAAAACAAAUCAGCUCCAUUUGCUAUCAAUUUCGGAGAUUGCAUUGUCGACUUAUUUAGCCCGCACUUGAACUUUUGUACUGUAAACUCGGAAGGCGAAUUAAAUAAACACGUACUCAGUAAAUAUGCUUAAUGUUCCAAGAGCUGAUUUAAUGGUCGCCAUGCAUAAAAUGCUAAUAUAAGAAACGAGGCUAACGUUUGUAGUCGAUCAUUCACGUUAAAUUCAACUUUAUUCGUAUUUAGCUUUACCAAUCUAAUUAAAUCCAACUAGUUAUUGAUUUCAAAUACUUAAGUAUAACUUAAUUGUCCAAAUGCCCUGGUAUGGCCGAGGAUGGGGGAAGAGUUCGUUCCCCCCUCGAAAUGGUCUCAUAUGGUCACGCGUAUAUAACCACUGACAGGGAAGUCCUACUCAUUACCUUCUCACGUUAGGGGUGUUGUCUACGAGAUUGAGAGGACGAAAAGAGAAUGUUUGGCGAUUUAACCCGGUUGGUGAGUACGGAUAAUUCACCUAGGGAAGUUGGGAAGCCCUGGUUCCAAACCAAUGGUACACAUGGGCUACAGGAUCCUGAGGGAACAAAUGGAGUAUGAACCUACUUUUGGCCACAGUGUACCAUGGAACUGAAUCUUCUAAUGUUGCUCCACUGCUUCGUGGAUUAGACCUCUAGGUCAGUGUCUCGGGGUGUGGUACCCUAAGAAAACAACCUACUUUAAUUUGGGCAUUUGAAUUAUUGUUCAUGCGUUUUUUAACAGUCCACUAAAUUUGUCAAUAUUUUCAUUGAUAGUUUUUAUUGUUGCACGUACACUUGUAGUUCAUAUAACAGAUUAAUUCUGUCUAAAGGAACAUUGAAGACCAAUCAACUUUGCAUGGCUGUUUUUAUCUUAGUGCUAAUAAUGUGGAUCACAUAUCCUACCUUCAAUCGAGUCAAAGAUCUUCAAAUUUUGCGGCGAACAUGCUAGGACAUUUAGUUGAGAUCCAAUAGCUUACAUUUUAAAUUACUGUCGAUUCGCGAUACUUUAUAACCAUUAUCCAUUAGAAUUACUGAUACACAAUCAAAUUUUUUUGGUUACUGUCUUUCGCUAAAGUAUCUAUCUCAAAGUUAGUCAAUCCACCAUAUAAAUUACGCGUUGAGUAAUUCCUUUAAACUUUAUAUGCUAUUUGUACACUACUAAAUAUUGUAUUACAGUCUAUCUUUAUUCACAGUGAAACACCGUAAUAAUAAUUAACAGGAAUGUUCUAUUUAUCAAGACUUACAAUUGAAUUAACAUAGUAGAUUAUGUCUUGGAUACUUCAUUUUUCUCUUACUAGGAUAAUUUAGUCUUAUAUCAUUGGAGACGAGAAAGCGCUGAUCCAGAGGCUAAUAAAGAUUAUUAUUUUGCACGAUACAACAAGGUAAUAUAUUGACACUAUAUGUAUCAAAACAUUUCUUAACUAUACACUUUUUCAAAAUAAAGCUAAACUACUUAAUAUCAUAUGAAGCAUUGUGGUAUGUUUUCUGGAGAUUAGUUUUAGGAUGAAAAUAACUUACUUUUACGGAUUCACAUAAGCUCAGUCACUCGGUCAUAAGCAAUGUGUAAUUUGUCACAUAUGCACCCACCCAAGCUUUAACAUCUCAUCAGUUCAACGAAAUCAAAUAAUCAUGCUGAAUAUCAAAAGUAGUAGAAAUGGUAAUACCACAUCAAACAUUGAAAAUAUGGUUCGAGAAGAGAUAAAUCAAAAGCGUAACUUAUGAUGUAGGGUUAGAUAAAAGCGAAUUAAUCUGCUCCAUUGAGACUGAUUCUAAGUUAUGCUACACAACCAUUGUUUAUGAUAGUCGGGUUGACCACAGAUAGGUAAUCUGCACCUACCAACGUUGCUCAAAUAAACAGAUAAUCACUUCAGGAACUGAUGUAUUGUCACUAUCUGGUGAAAAUAAAGAAAUAUGAAGCGGUUGUUUGUUUCCCGUUUGGAACUACCCAGAAGUGAAUACCUCAUUCUCCUGCCAUGAACCAAACCUACGACAAUCAAGCCCUGUAGCGGUCACUUUAUUUUUAAAUCCCUAAGUCGAUAUUUCUUAGUUUAUGUUUUGAAAUCAUCCUGAUUCGCAAUACUACGCGACGAUCACAAAUUACCAUCAGUGACACAUGCUCCAUUCUCCACAUAGUCAAGAGUAAUUCCCAUAGUUCUAAUUAUAAUUCGUAACAAACCUCUGAGGUUCGAUAGUGUGCUUUAAAAACCCUAGUGCUUAUAAAAAUUCCACGGUUGAUAUCCUCUUGAAAUACCUCCUACCGGUUGCUUACUUUUUGCAGCUUCCAAACUGCAUAUUAUUUGCUAACGUUUGGAUUGUGUGAAGAAACCGGUGAGAUAGUCACUUUAUGAUUUAGUACUGUGCAAUAAUACAAAGUCAUGUUGAAUUAUUGUCUGUUGAUUUGUCAUAAUUCCUUGGUGUUAGGUUUCAAUAAUCACAUAGCUUAGUGAAUUGAAACCUUAUCAGAAUGGUAACUAGUGACAAAACUGUUGAAAGUAAAACUGCAUCAUGCCAUAUGCCUUACUUUUAAAAUUCACUUACCAUGUAUUGUUUCGACAUUUUGUUAAGAAACUCUACUGUUCUUAUUUCAUCACGUUAAUAGUAUAAUCUUAUUCUAAUUCAAAGUGAUGAGGAUUAAACAAGGUGACCUAUGUAUGCGAUAUAACUAGUACACAACGUAUUAAUUCUAACUGUAUUAAAGCCUUAUGAACUUAGCGUUUCUUUCAGAUGAAUUCUAACAGUUAUUUUACUAGUGAAAUCGAUGUGUCACUAUACUUUUCUUUUGUUUUACUCAAGUUAUUUUCUUGUUAUUUAUGUCUUGUGAAAAAAAUUGGUGUUAGCAUGUCACUGUUCCUGAAUACACUACCGAAGAGUACGAAACAAUGCUAAAGGAUCUAAAAUGGAGUGAAGAGCGUACGGCACAUUUGAUGGAAUUAGCUAAACGUUUUGAUUUACGUUUUAUUCAUAUGAGAGAUCGAUGGGAUUGUGAAAAGUUUCCUGGACGUCCAUCUGUUGAAGAUCUCAAAGAAAGAUAUUAUGGAAUUCUAACACAAUUAGAUAAGGCUCGUGGAACAAAUCUUUCACAAGGUCUACGAUAUGAUGCAGCACAUGAACGUCGACGUAAACAACAAUUAAGUUUACUUUAUGGUCGUACAAAAGAUCAAGUUGAAGAAGAACAACGUUUAAUUAUGGAAUUGCGUAAAAUUGAAGCUAGACGUAAAGAACGUGAACGUAAAAAACAAGAUUUACAAAAACUUAUCUCAUUGGCUGACAGUGUAACUCGGGAAUGUGAAUUAUCUGAGCAUACAGGUUAUGAGACGAAUACAGAUGAUACAAAUUCUUGGCUUACAUCUACACACUCGUCUGUUGGCGGUGGUUUAUCAUCUUCCAAUAAUUCAUUGUUAACAUCAACAACACUAACAGGAAAUACUGGAUUACAACGUAAACGACCCAGUGGUGUUAGUGGUUUAAAUGCUAGUAAUAACAGUAUUGGCAAUAUUACAUCAUCAUCUAGUCAGUUAAUUGGAAAUACAAAUUCACUCAUCAAUACAGAUUCUAGUUGUACUAAUUUAACAAGUCUAGGAGUAGCUGGUGGUGCUAAUACUGGAGCAUCGAUAUCCUCCGGAGAUAUUUGUGCUUCGUUAAAUUCUGCCUCGAAUACAGCUAAUACUGCACUAGUGAGUUGAAAGUAUUCCUUGACUUAAUUCAUGUUAUUAAGCGUUAUAGGUACUUGGAUUUAAGGCAUAGAGUUUAUGUGUGUAUAUAGGUGAGGCUUGUGAUUCUUUUUUGUGUCCGUUCAAACUGAAUUCAGUGGAAGCUGGGUUUAAAUCUACAACCUAUGGAUUGAAAAUCAAGAUUCCUUUGUUUCAUAGUCUGAAGUCAAUUUAGACAACGAUGUAAUACACAAUAUUCAAUAAACUUUUUGGAUGUUAGCAAAAAUCCCGGUGCUCAUCUACGUAGUCAAAAGAUGAAAUUACCCAGUAAUUUAGGACAGAAAAAGACAAGAAUCAUUGAAAACUUCUUAGGUCAUUUACAAAUUGAUCCUAAUCCACCGGCAACGGCAGAAAUUGUUGAAGCAUAUAAUGGUUUACGUUCAAAAAUUCUACUUUUAUUCGAUUUACGUCUAGCUCUAUUAAAUUGUGACUUGGAACUACACUCAGCUCGGCUACGACUAGAAACAUUUGCUCCUAAUAAACCAUUACCUUGUGGACUUGCUAGUCUUCCAAAUCCUAGUAUAUCAGAAUCACCUGAAGAUUCUUAUUAUAAUUUAAUUGAUCCAUUGAUUUUGUCAGCACUUCGUGUAGCCGAUUCAAAACGUCCAAUUCUACCGCGUCAUUCACUUGGAGUUGCUGGUACAUUGGCUGCGGCUGCUGGAAGUUUAGGUAUGCAUAAUAUGACUAGCGGAAGUAGUGGUAUUCCACCUAUGAAUACAACAACGGAGAAAUCAGAUACAAAACAAUGUCGAUUAAACUCAUCGUCUAUCGUGAAUUCUUCAGAUAAUGGACAGUAUAAUUCUAGUGGAUUAACAACUACUCGAUCAUCUCCAGCAUUGUCAGGAGGUGGUGGAGGCACUGGAAAUCUAGACUCGGAUAAUUCAUCAUCAGCCGGGGAUGGUAUCGGUAGUUCACAACGUCGUAGAAGAGCAGCAGCUUUAGAACAAGGACGUGUUUUAAAGAAACUUAAAAUUAAAGGACAACUUGUUGAUUGAAACUGUUGUUUAUGGAGAAACAAACAAAAAUUCUUUGUUGUGUAUGUGUACAUAAAAAUAUUUAUUCGAUUGAUCUCAUUUGUUCUAUCGUUUCAAAAUGAAACAAUUUCAUAAUAAAUAUUUUUUCCUUUACCAUGUUCUUUGCUUUAAAAGGUAAUUCUCAUUACCUAAUUGAUGUCAGUUAGAAAGAAUGGUUAACAAUUAAGAAUCAUUUAAAAACUGUUUUCCAUACUAAAUUGAACUCUGAACUUUCAGAUUUGCUAGAAACACCUCAAAAUAUCUUUUUAUUCUUUGGUUAGGAAGUCAAGAUUGUUAUUUUAGACAAAGUUUAUGAUAAACUGAAUACAUGUAUUCCUCAUACUACUACUUCUACUACUAUUGCCCCCAAAUGCCCUGGUACGGUCGAGAGUAGGGAGAGUCCGCUCUCCCUCUCGUAAUGCUCUCACAUGGCCACGCGUAUAUAGCUUCUGCCAGGAAAUUCCUACUCACUGCCUUCUAGUGGCGGGGGUGUUGUUUACAAAAUCGAGAGGACGAAAAGCGAAUGUCCGGGGAUUUAACUGGGUUGGUCAAUAUGGUGAGUCCACCUAGGGGAAUUGGAAAACCCUCAUUCCAAAUUAAUGGUGCACAUCGGCUCCAGUAUCCUGAAGGAACAAAUGGCGUAUGAACUAAUCGUUGGUCACCAGCUACCAUGGGAAUGCAUCUUCUUACGUUGCUCCACUGCCUUGUGGAUGAAACCUCCAGGUCGAAGGUUCUGUGUGUAGCUUCCUAAGAAAACCACCUGCUUCGGUUUAGGCACCUGGGCAAUAUCACAGCCCUCACACAUAUCAAAUGAGAUUUGUGUGGCGUAUAUGUAUUUGGUGUCUCCUUGUACCAAUGUUUGUGUUAAAAUAAAUAAAUAAAUAAUAAAUCUACUAUUACUAAUGAAAGAGAGCACAGGUCAAGACAACCGAAAACCCAACAUAAAAUUACAGAGCGUCUCGGUAAUAUAUAGGAAUCAUACAUGAAAUACUUCAUUUCCA